AUGGCCCGGAGGCGAUGUUCUCCCAACGCAGACGCAGCCAGCGUGCUGGUGACAGCCAGCGACAGGGACUGCGGGCCUCAAGGACCACUGGCGAGGCUGGGCCGCUCCGCGAGCGGCAGGUGCCCGGCCGGGGGUCACCAGGAAGCCCGCACUCACCACUACAGCAGAGGAGACGCGCAGGCGCCACCACAGCCGGCCUUAAACCCAGCCACCUUGUUACCAGAUGGUGAUCCUGAGGCCCCACUCCAUGACUGUCUUGAGGUGCUUGAUGCAAAGACAAGCCUGAGAGAGGACCUCACAGACAUUCCUAUGGACGAUCCUGAUGCUACCUUGUACACCGAUGGAAGCAGUUUUGUCCUAAAUGGGGGCCAGGGGCCCGCGAGCGGACGGGGCCUCGCGCCGACGCCCCUCUCGGAGGCUCGGUCCCCGCCUGCCCUGCGCCCCCGUGGCGCCCCCGAGCUCCCGGACUCCAGGGACCACUGUUCCCCCGCGCCACAGCGCCCACGCGGGCGACCCCACAGCGCCAGUCCUCCGCGCUCGGGAAAACCCUCGCGGCGCCGCGCGGACUGGGCAUGCUCCGCGGCCGCAGGUCGGCGGCGGGCGGCUGAGCGCUCGCGGGUUCCCGCCGCGCCGCGCGUCCUCGCUCGCCUCGCGCGCAUGAUGGCGGCCGCGGGCGGCGGCAGCGGCAGCGGCAGCAGCGACACGGCCAGCACGGGCGAGGAGGAGCGCGUGCGACGCCUGUUCCAGACUUGCGACGGCGACGGCGACGGCUACAUCAGCAGCAAUGACUUGCUGAUGGUCUGUCGCCAACUGAACAUGGAAGAGUCUGUGCCUGAGAUAAUGAGCCAGUUGGGUGCAGAUGAAAAUGGGAAGAUUUCCUUUCAAGAUUUUACAAGGUGCCACAUGCAGCUGGUUCAAGAAAUUAGGAAGGAAGAAAUAGAUCUCUCUGUCCAGUCAGACAACUCCUGUGAAAAGAAGAAGCCAAAGGACAGAAUUGCUUCCUGGCCCACGAGCAGUGACAACAGUCUGGGUGCCUUAUCAGCAGCCAAGGAGAGCUGGGAGUAUGACUCUGGUGCCAGGGACCUCCAGAGCCCAGACUUGCAAACUCAGUCCACCUUACAGAAGCUGCUGGAGUAUGGCGGAAGCUCUGUGCAUCAGCGAGCUGCUCUCCACAAACUGCUCACACAGUCCCCACAGUAUGGCACCUCUGUAGGAGGAAACUACCUAGAGCUGGCCAACAUGCUCCAUCUGGCAGCCCUGGCAUCUCUCAAGGGAGAUAUAGUGGAGCUUAAUAAACGCCUGCAGCAGACCGAGCGGGAGCGAGACCUUCUAGAGAAGAAAUUGGCCAAGGCCCAGUGUGAGCAGUCCCAUCUCAUGAGAGAGCAUGAGGAUGUCCAGGAGCGAACAACACUUCGGUAUGAGGAACGCAUCACAGAACUCCACAGCAUCAUUGCUGAACUCAAUAAGAAGAUAGACCGUUUGCAAGGCACCACCAUUAGGGAGGAAGAUGAAUACUCUGAAUUGCGAUCAGAGCUCAGCCAGAGCCAGCACGAGAUUAAUGAGGACUCCCGCAGCAUGGACCAAGACCAGACCUCCGUCUCCAUCCCUGAAAACCAGUCUACCAUGGUCACUGCAGAUAUGGAUAACUGUAGUGACCUGAACUCAGAGCUGCAGAGGGUGCUGACGGGGCUGGAGAGUGUGGUCUGUGGCAGGAAGAAGAGUAGCUGCAGCCUGUCUGUGGCUGAAGUGGACAGGCACAUCGAACAACUCACCACGGCCAGCGAGCACUGCGACCUGGCUAUCAAGACAGUUGAAGAGAUUGAGGGCGUGCUUGGCCGGGACCUGUACCCCAACCUGACUGAAGAGCGGUCUCAGUGGGAGAAGGAGCUGGCUGGGCUGAGGGAAGAGAAUGAAAGCCUGACUGCCAUGCUGUGCAGCAAGGAGGAGGAGUUGAACCGGACCAAGGCCACCAUGAACGCCAUCCGUGAGGAGCGGGACCGGCUGCGGAGGAGGGUUCGAGAGCUUCAAACUCGACUGCAGAGUGUGCAGGCCACAGGCCCCUCCAGCCCUGGCCGCCUCACUUCUGCCAACCGUCCUGUUAACCCUAGCACUGGAGAGCUGAGCACCAGCAGCAGCAGCAAUGACAUUCCUAUUGCCAAGAUUGCUGAGAGGGUAAAGCUAUCAAAGACGAGGUCCGAGUCCUCCUCAUCUGAUCGGCCAGUCCUGGGCUCAGAAAUCAGUAGCAUCGGGGUAUCCAGCAGCGUGGCAGAACAUCUGGCCCACUCACUUCAGGACUGCUCCAAUAUCCAAGAGAUUUUCCAAACACUCUACUCACAUGGAUCUGCCAUCUCUGAAAGCAAGAUUAGAGAGUUUGAGGUGGAAACAGAACGGUUGAAUAGCCGUAUUGAACACCUGAAAUCCCAAAAUGACCUCCUGACCAUAACCCUGGAGGAGUGCAAAAGCAAUGCAGAGAGGAUGAGCAUGCUCGUGGGAAAGUAUGAGUCCAACGCCACCGCACUGAGGCUGGCCUUGCAGUACAGCGAGCAGUGCAUCGAAGCCUACGAGCUCCUCCUGGCACUGGCUGAGAGUGAGCAGAGCCUCAUCCUGGGGCAGUUCCGAGCUGCCGGCGUGGGCUCCUCCCCUGGAGACCAGUCAGGGGAUGAAAACAUCACACAGAUGCUCAAGCGGGCCCAUGACUGCCGGAAGACAGCUGAGAACGCUGCCAAGGCCCUGCUCAUGAAGUUGGAUGGCAGCUGUGGGGGAGCAUUCGCCGUGGCCGGCUGCACUGUGCAGCCCUGGGAGAGCCUGUCCUCCAACAGCCACACCAGCACAACCAGCUCCACAGCCAGCAGUUGUGAUACCGAGUUCACUAAAGAAGAUGAGCAAAGGCUGAAGGAUUAUAUCCAGCAGCUCAAGAACGACAGGGCAGCAGUCAAGCUCACCAUGCUGGAGCUGGAAAGCAUCCACAUAGACCCACUCAGCUACGAUGUCAAGCCCCGGGGGGACAGCCAGAGGCUGGACCUGGAGAAUGCCGUGCUGAUGCAGGAGCUGAUGGCCAUGAAGGAGGAGAUGGCAGAGCUGAAGGCGCAGCUGUACCUCCUGGAGAAAGAGAAGAAGGCCCUGGAGCUGAAGCUGAGCACGCGGGAGGCGCAGGAACAGGCCUACCUAGUGCACAUUGAGCAUCUCAAGUCCGAGGUGGAGGAGCAGAAGGAGCAGCAGAUGCGAUCCCUGAGCUCCACCAGCAGUGGCAGCAAAGACAAACCUGGAAAGGUUUUUGGCCUUCAGCAAAUCAGGACUCAGUGUACUGAUGGUACAGACGUCCUGCCACCUAAAUAUCUUAGUGGCCAGGCCGAUCAGUGUGGCCACCAUUGCGUGGUGACUGGCAGUGGCAUUUGCAUCACCUGUAGGUCCUCCGUAGAAAAGAAGCUAAAGGCCAGAGUGCAGGAGCUUGUGAGUGCCUUGGAAAGACUCACCAAGAGCAGCGAAAUCCGACAUCAGCAAUCUGCAGAGUUUGUCAAUGAUCUAAAACGGGCCAACAGCAACCUGGUGGCUGCAUACGAAAAAGCAAAGAAAAAGCAUCAAAACAAGCUGAAGAAGUUGGAGUCUCAGAUGAUGGCCAUGGUGGAAAGACAUGAGACUCAAGUGAGAAUGCUCAAACAAAGAAUAGCUCUGCUCGAGGAGGAGAACUCCAGGCCACACACAAAUGAAACUUCACUCUAAUCAGCGCUCAGGCACCAAAGUUAUAUUCCUGGACUACACUCUGGCAGGCCACUGAAAGAAGGGGCCCAUAACCAGGACCUGUUGGGAAGCCAGGGGCGCCACAGAGGUCAGCAGGUGGAUGGAGUGCCGCAGAUUCACUCAUUGGCAGUGAUACUGUGGGCUUUAUCCACAGCAUUGUUCCUCCUUCCUGGCCCAUGGACAGUAUGUAAACAAAUGCCCUGCGCACUGUGCUCAGUAAUGUCUCGCUUCUGCUUGUAAGUCACUGUUUCCCCUUCCUGUGUAUCAGUGGGAUCCAGUGCAUUUAUCCAGUUUUUAUGAUUUUUCAGUCUUUUUUUAUAGAUAGUGGGCUAAUCUGCCAUCUCCCGUUUCUUCCCUUCCUCUUCCUCCCAGGGAAAACUCUGACACCAUCUGUGACUCUAUCUAGGACUACUGAUUUGCUUGUUCCAACAGGAAUUGGGUUUUCUUUCAAGUUCCACAUUAUCAACUCUUAGCUGUCCUAUAGAAGUAUAUCAUUGAGAGAAACCCUAGGAGGGUAGUGGCAAACCUAUGGCAGGCACGCCCCAGUGGGUCAUCACUGAAAGGUCUCACUCCCUCAGGGUGGCAGUUAGGUUUCAUCCAUUACAAGGAGAAACACCAGAGAUGUGACAAACCUUAUAUUGCAAAAGAAGACACCCUUCAACUUUUCUUGUUAGAGCAGGGCUAAGAGAGCUCUACUGAUUGAAAGUAUGCCUUCUUGAUGGACUCAUUAAUAGCCAAGAUUUAAGAGUUGAAAAUCACGCAUGGUAAUGCAACUAAAAUUCUGUAGUUUAGGAGCAGAAAAGCAGUAUUAGCAUUUCCCCCCGCUCUAGCUAUUCUGCUGAAUCAAAACUCAUGCAAGUGCAAGUGGAGCUCUGGACCUAUUUCUAUUCUUAACGGCAAAAGGUGCCCACUGUCAGACAGGAGGUAGUGUUUGGCAACACUGCUCCCAUCUGCUUGAGAACUAGCAAACCUCCAACUGGGCACUGAGCGCCUACUGUCAUGAAGUGGGAGGGGAUCGCUAUUAGGCUUUUUCUCCUCAAAAUACACAGUGAUUAGCUUAUUCUGUUUCAGAGGUUCGAUUUCAGCCAAAAUGCUAACAGGGCUGGCUAAGCAGUACCAAAUUGCCUGGAUUUGCUCUUGGACACAUUCCACUUUAUCAUUCCUUUCCUGCUACAGUCUUUACCAUUUUAUUCCUUUCAUUUUUCAGUUCUGCACCGAUGAGAUUAUAGGACCGUUUGCUGUUUUUUUCAUAGUCCUAAGUGCCCAAGUCCCCUACGAGAAAUGGGUUCCAGUGUCACAGUUAACUACAAAUAGUUCUAAGCAAGUUGUUGCAAGAAAAUUUUUCUGUCCAUGAGCUUUACAUACAAGUUGGUCUGUUUUCAGAGGGGAAUAAGAAAAUUCCUUCGCCUCUACAAUAGGGAAGGGAAUUCCAGCCACCUUCUAGAACACACAGCUCUUCCUAAAAGCAACCCUUCUUUCUGAGGCAAGCACUAAAGCUCAUCUCAAAAAAAAAAAAAAAAAAAAAAAAGGUAUGCGUCUCUAAGGACCAGCAUUUGGGUGCUUUGGUUAUUGUUUUCACUUAGUCUGAGUUCCUAUAAGUCAUAUUUUUAAAGUCAAUUUUCACCCUUUGCAUAAAGGUGUAUUUUGUCUAGAGCAACAUGUUUUAGCCGUAAAAUAUAUGCAAAAAAGCUUACUAGAUGAAAUUGGUUUUCACUUUUUCCAAUUGUCCUAGGCAGACUGGGAAGUGCAUGGCUUUUGCUUAUAAGGGAACAGAUACCCAUCAAGUGGGUAGUUGUCCUCCUCACCAACCCUACAAAGUACAGAUGACACAGGAUUAUCAUCCUGCCCGCUGACCUCUAGCUCCCUUUCCUUUUGCUGCAGGUAAAAUCAAACAACCCAAGGCCCUAUGACUCCUCCCGAGAGAAGGGGCCUCUGCUCUUCUGUGCCCUCAUAUUAGUCAUGCUACAAGGCCCGCCUGUCAGUUUAUGGCUGGACAUACUACUUCCAGGCAGUGACAGGGAGAAAGCCACUUCCCAGACAAAAAUGUCAGUUUCAUUAAUAUGCAUUAUAAAAAGCUCUAUAACAGUUGAUUUCAUUUUUCAGAUACUCCCUAAGAAACAAUCUUUGCUAAAACGUGAAGCAGUAGAUACUUGGUUAUGCUAUAUAAGCUACUGAAUUACACUGACUGAUGAAAUGGUUAUCAGGUGCCUGCAUCCUUUUCCCUCUUGUAUGUUGCUGUAUCUGAAUUUUUCUCUAGGAGCUCAUUUCCAUUGACCUCUCCUUUGGGGUAAAAAAAUGGUCUUGAUUUUUAAUUCCAAAUUUAAUAGUAUAAAUUAUCUUUUCUAGUUCUGACCCUUCUGAGCAGUUACCUUCUCUAUUCAGUCUUUGGUUCCUACAUAAACGAGCAUAGAGCAACGGGAUGUUUCAGUUUCUUGGGAAUCCCAGGCACACAGCACUUGGGGUCAUAGCCAUCAGUGAGUGAACCUAGCAGCUGGCUCUGAUGUCUGUCCAACCCCAUGUGUAACCACUAUAAACACAGAGGCAAUAAGACAGUCCUUUUUCAGACCUGACUUACAUCAAAGGUUACUUACGGUUAAAUGUGCGAUCAGACAUUUGCGAUUUAGCACAGUCCCUCCAUGUGAGGCUCUAAGCUUAGGUAUACACUAGAUGUUUCACUUACUUAUCUGCUGGCAUGUCUAGCUGAGUUAGUAUUCAUAACUGCCUGAGAUUGGAAUGUUAGGCUAAUAAAACAUUUAAGUGCCAAUUAAAAUCAAUGCUUAAUUCUUGCAGAUGCAUGUAGCACUUCUAAGUCUUCCUCUGAGCCUACAACAGUAUUUUUUACAGGGAACUCAAGAGAACUCUAGGCUAGACAGAGCCCUGAUGUUCCCUUCCAGAAA